AUGUUGCGGCAGAGUUUGGUGGCCGUGCUGCUAGUUAUAGCUGGUGUUAACGGCCAGGGAAAGGAGAAGGAGGAGUUCCAGUGCCCCUCACAUAUUGCCAAUGGCAACUACGCUGAUCCGGCGACAUGUCGUCGUUUUUACCAGUGCGUCGAUGGAUAUCCGUAUUUAAACCGCUGUCCAUCAGGACUCUUUUUCGAUGAUCUGCAAAAGUACUGCACAUUCAAGGAUGAGGCCAAAUGCGGUCCUCUACCAACAACGCCCGCCCCUGCCACGGAGGCCCCGGCUGACACCGCCCAGAGGUGCAACACGGAGGACUGCGCCCUGCCCUACUGCUUCUGCUCCAAGGACGGCACCCAGAUUCCCGGCGACCUGGAGGCUGAAAAGAUCCCACAAAUCAUAAUGCUCACCUUCGAUGGGGCGGUGAAUCUGAAUAACUACCAGCACUACCAAAAGAUAUUCGACGGCAAGCGCAAGAAUCCCAACGGCUGUCUGAUUCGGGGCACCUUCUUCAUGUCCCACGAGUACAGCAACUACCAGCAGAUCCAGCACCUGGGAUACUAUGGGCACGAAAUCGGGACGGAGAGCAUCUCCCAGCAGCAGGGACUGCAGGACAAGGGCUACGAGGAGUGGGUUGGCGAGAUGAUUGGCAUGCGAGAAAUCCUGCGACACUUCGCAAAUGUGUCCGCCAAUGAUGUGGUCGGCAUGCGAGCUCCCUUCCUCAAGCCUGGCCGCAACACCCAAUAUAAGGUUCUGGAGGACUUUGGGUACAUCUACGACAGUUCGAUCACCGUUCCGCCGGUGGCAGUACCAGUGUGGCCGUACACCCUCGAUUACAAGAUUUCGCACGAGUGCAAGAGCGGCACAUGUCCGUCGCGCACCUUCCCCGGUGUUUGGGAGGUGCCCCUUAACACCCACUACGUGGAGGGAUACGAGGGCGGCCACUGUCCCUACUUGGACCAGUGUGUCCUGCACAACCUCGACGAGGAGGAGGUCCUGCAGUGGCUGCAGGAGGACUUCUCGCGCUACUACGAACAGAAUAAGGCUCCCUACAUGAUGCCCUUCCAUACCAAUUGGUUCCAGACCAAGCCGCUGGAGAACGGUCUACACAAGUUCCUCGACUGGGCCCUCGAAUUACCUGACGUCUACAUCCUGACAGUCACUCAGAUGCUCCAAUACAUGACCGACCCUAAGGAGCUGCGCGACGUUAACCAAAUCGAGGCGUGGAAAUGCGACAAGAGCGUGGCGGUGGCACCAAAGCCCUGCAAUAUCUGGCAAACGUGUGCGCUACCCUUUAAGAUCCCCGAACAGAAUCUGACGGAUACGCGCUAUAUGGAGACCUGCCGGGAAUGCCCCAAUGUCUAUCCCUGGCUGGGCGAUGCUGGCGGAACGGGUAUCGCUGGUCGGGAUAAUUAUAUAUUUAGUGGCAGUGGCUCGAAUACUGAACCAGAAGACGAUUCUCAAUAGAAAAGAGCCUGUCCCUUUACUCUUUAUUCCUCUUUAUCGCUAAUAUUAUACCCAUUACUCGUAAAGUAAAAGGGUAUUUCUUUCAAAUUGAGAAAAUUAUUUACAGCACCAAUCGGUUCAUAUUAAACGCAAAUGUUGGAAAUCAAAUGGAUUCUGUCGGUUAUUAUGUGUCCAUCAGCUUAUAAGCCAUUUUAAAAGAUCAAACGUAAAAAGCCCAAUAAAAACAAAUCACCGGUGUGAGAUCAGGCCCGGUACUACA